GUAAACAGAAAAAAACAGAAGCUACUUUUGUCUGGCAGUGCUGGUCUUCACCCAUAGUCCAUUAUCCAAGAAAACACUCUUCAGUUCACAUAUCUUCUUGCUUGCUGGAUGUUUACAGAUACCCAACUCCAAACUCCUCUUUUAUACUUUCAUGUUGCUUGUUAGAUGCACACUGAAUCAUAUUUUUAUAGAAUCAAGAAUCCGGAAUGGUCAUUUCAGACGCAGAGAAAAGAAUUCCAGUAGUGGAGAUGUUAAAAAGUGGAAAAGCGACAGGGUCUAUAUCGACAAACAUGGAAAAUGGCGAAUCUUUGAUCACAAAAAGAUGUCCAGGAAACGAUGUGGCUCUUUGAGGGGACAAGGAUGGAAAUAUGGAUCUGGAUUUGUUGAUGGAAUUUUCCCAGUGCUAAGUCCUGUUGCUCAUCAGAUUCUGAACUUUGUGCGGAAAGAAGUGGAUCCGAAUAAUGUUUGGGCUGCUCUUGACACUCUUCCUGUCACUCACGAGACUUGGGAUGAUCUUAUUAAUGUAGCUGUCCAACUUCGUUUGAAUAAACAAUGGGAUCCGAUUGCAUUGAUAUGUCAAUGGAUAUUGUACAAGAGCUCCUUCCAGACAGAUGUCAUGUGCUACAAUUUACUAAUAGAUGCUUAUGGGCAAAAAUCUUUGUACAAGAAGGCAGAAGAGACAUAUGUUGAUCUUCUUCAAGCCAGGUGUAUCCCUACUGAAGACACUUAUGCCCUUCUUAUAAAGGCUUACUGUGCAUGUGGAUUGUUAGAAAAAGCUGAAGCUGCCUUUGUAGAUAUGCGAAAGUAUGGCCUUCCUCCAAGAGCAAUUGUAUACAACGCUUAUAUUGAUGGGUUAAUGAAGGCUGGAAACCCUCAAAGAGCAAUUGAGAUUUUUCAGCGAAUGAAAAAUGAUGGCUGCCAGCCCUCAACUGACACCUAUACACUGUUGAUCAACCUUCAUGGGAAGGCAAGUCAAUCUUACAUGGCCUUGAAGUUGUUUAACGAAAUGAGAAGUCAAAAAUGCAGACCAGAUAUCUGCACAUACACAGCUCUGGUGAACGCGUUUGCUAGAGAGGGACUCUGUGAGAAGGCAGAAGAAAUAUUUGAGCAGAUGCAAGAAGAUAAGCUUGAGCCUGAUGUGUAUACUUACAACGCGCUCAUGGAAGCUUACAGUCGUGCAGGUUUUCCUUACGGGGCUGCAGAAAUAUUUUCACUCAUGCGGCACAUGCGCUGUGAGCCGGAUAGAGCUUCAUAUAACAUCAUGGUAGAUGCGUAUGGGAGAGCUGGUCUUCAUGAGGAUGCUCAGGCGGUAUUCAAUGAGAUGAAGCGACUAGGAAUAACCCCUACAAUGAAAUCACACAUGCUACUUCUCUGUGCCUACUCAAGAGCAAGAAAUGUGGAUAAAUGCGAAGAAAUUGUUAACCAGAUGAGCGAAUCUGGGCUUGAACCAGACACGUUUGUCCUCAACAGCAUGAUGCACUUGUAUGGCCGGCUGGGCCAAUUUGAAAAGAUGGAGGAAGUUCUGACUGCAAUGGAGAAGGGACCUUAUGAAGCUGAUAUCAGUACAUACAACAUCUUAAUCAACAUAUAUGGACGAGCAGGAUUUUUCGAGAGAAUGGAAGGUAUUUUCCAAUCACUUCCAUCCAAAAAUCUGAAACCUGAUGUUGUGACUUGGACUUCAAGAUUGGGAGCCUACUCUAGAAAGAAACUAUACGCAAGAUGCUUGAAAAUCUUUGAAGAAAUGAUUGAUGCUGGAUGUCACCCUGAUGGAGGAACUGCCAAAGUACUUCUAUCAGCAUGCUCAAGCGAAGAUCAAAUUGAGCAGGUUACCACUGUAAUCAGAACAAUGCAUAAGGGCAUGGAGGCUGCUCUUCCUGCAUGAUUAAUGUUCCUUGAUCGGGUCCAUAAAACUCAAAAGAAAAGGAUUUCAGUUA